AUGAAAUGUAUUUUAAUUCUAUACUUAUUUUCCUUAAUCCAAUCAAUCAAAGUCAAUCCUUUCUACAAUAAAGAAAAGUUAAAUUUAGCUAAAAGAUUCUCAACGUUAAAUAUUGUACAUCAUACAAGAAAUGAUUAUAAAGAUUUAGUGCAAGACUCACUUCAACCAUACACUGUUACUCACAUACUAUCUUCAAACUCAAUCAUAUUUAACGAAAACAUACUAAAUCAAGAAGAAACCCACUUUAUAGAACUAUCAUACUCAGAACUUCAUUUUAGAAAACUCCCACCACUACAGGAAACGGUAAUAAACGAAGUAUACAAAUGGUAUCCCCUAGGUGAUUGUGUAACAAACAACGCAGGAGAUAAAGCAAGUUAUAGACAAGGAUGGUCAAUUGAAGUUGAUUUUGGUAUAGAUUAUAGAUUAAAUUAUGGUGGAUAUUUUUUAAAUUUUGGACCGGGAAUAAAAUCUGAAUUCAUAUGGGCAAAGGGGGUAGGUGGUGAUUUUAGUUGUGAUUUAAAUCCUGGAAAUACUUUACAAUUUGCUAUAUUGUUUACUAAAUAUGAAGUUGAUGGAAUAAGAUAUAGAAGUGUUGGAUGGGGGAAAUGGAGGAAAAAAGUUAAGUUUGGGGAUUGGAAACGGUUUGAUAAAUUUGAGACUGUUGGGAAGAAUGAUAUUCAAAUUGCUUGUUUUACUGAUCCACGAUUUUUGAGGUGUAACAGAGUAAAAGAAAAUAAAGAUGAGUUUUGA